CAGAACACACCUCAGGUGAAACCUCGACGCGCCGGCGGCCACCCAGCGCCGUCCGUGACGUCACGACCGACUCGUGUUUAUAUGCGGGUCCGUGACGGCGGCACAUCAGUGCGCCGGCCGCCGUCCCCGUCCUCAGCACCGCUCCGACCCAGGAACGCAACAUGCUCGCCGCCGCCGCCUUCGCCGCCGCCAUGGGCGCCGCCCAGGGCCUGGACCUGGACCUGGCCUCGCGCAUGGAAGACGUCAUCGACCCGCGCUUCUUCAUCAUCCUGAACGGCAGCAACACGGACAACGUGGGCCAGUACGUGCUGGGCGCCAUUGGCGUGGUGCUGGUGCUAGGUCUGCUGCUGAUGCUGCUGCUGCUGGCCUUCGGAGGCGCCGGCGGCGGCGGCCAGGGACUCGCCUACAACCGCUACGACCAGUACGAGCCGGACACGUACGCCAGCUACCAGAACAACUACCAGCCGGCGCAGGGCUUCAACGGGUUCCAGGCGCGCUCACUCGCAGGAGCUUAUGAUGCCAUCCAGGUGCUGUACAUGCUGGAGCAGGCCUUCGAGAAGAUGCGCGUGCUCGAGUUCGAGUGCCAGCAGCGUGCCGUGUGUGAGACCCACCAGGCUGACGCGCCCCAGAAGUUCGGUCAGAUUGCCACCGAUAUCCAGAAGUUCAUCGGCUCUGUCGACGAGUCGACCGUUGAGAACUCCAGCAAGUUCGCCGCCUUCCGCGAGGCCGCCCGACGGGGCGCCGAGCAGCAGGACUGCCAGCAGGCGUACGCCACCAAGUGCCCCAAGGGCCUGCGCGAGUACCUCUCUGCCGAGUCCAAGUACUAAGUACCGCAACCGACCAGUACCGAGUACCGCGCGGCGGCCAGUAGCAAGUACCGCGCGGGCCACCGUCCGCUUUGUCGCGACAGUGACCGAGCGGCCAACGGCUAAGAGGAGGGAAUGCUUUUCGGGCUUCCGAUGAUGGCUGCCUGAUGAGGCCAUGUUUCUGCCGCUAGUGGAACGUGUGAGAGGAAAUCGAGCAUUGGAAUGCGGUACCGAUCGUUAUUCGUUAUUGACGUGAGCUGAGAGCGGUCCCGCCGAUGCCACGCCAACUUGCGUUGUUAUUGGUAGUUCAGUUAGCUGUUGUUGAAACUGUAUUUAUGUAUUUAUUUGAAUCUCGAUUUGAGAAAGAGCCGCUGCUAUAAGGUGUGCAACUCAGGUGAUUGUUACGGCACUGUUACCUACAUGCUAGGUCUGUUGCGAACCGUUGUUACGAGAGAUCGAGUGAAUGGUAAUAUUCAGUCGACUUCUCCAUGCUACGGGAAGUCUACUACGUUUUCCAACUUCCCAGUACAAAUAGCUUCCUUGCCGGUUACACAGACCACGCCAAUCCAGUUAUUGAAUCAGGUCUGUUCAUUCGACAGCACGUGAGCUGAAAAUAAAUCUGUCAUGCGAGAAA